ACGAAAACGCCCGAGAUCUUGGGCAGUGGCAGCAUGAAGGACGAAGACGUGCUGGAAGACAUUGACUUUGACGAGCUCGACGACCACCUCGAGCAGUUCCAGCAGGACGACUUCAUCAAGGAGGCGCUGGCCAAGGGCGUGGACCUGCGCCAGUACGCGAUGCAGAUCGACCGCGAGCUGCGCGACGUCGAGAUGGAGUCGAUCACGCAGUAUGUAGCCAAGUCGGCCGACAUUGUCGACCUGUACAACCAAGUGCAGUCGUGCGAUGACAUCCUCGCGCGCAUGCAGGAGAUGCUCCUCGGGUUCCAAGCCGACCUUGGCGGCAUCAGCGACGAGAUCCGCCACCUCCAGAACGAGUCCAUUGGCAUGAACAUCAAGCUCAAGAACCGGCGCGAGGCCGAGGAGCGUCUCCGGGUCUUCCUCGAUCAAGUCUACAUUCCGCCGACGCUCAUCGAGGGCAUUGACGACGGCGAAGUCAACGACGGCUUCGUCUCGUACCUCAUGAUCCUCAACAGCAAGCUCACGUACGCCAAGCAAGCCGAGGCCGACGUUUCGUCGCUGGGCAUUGUCCCGGGCACGACGCCUGCGGUCAAGCAGGUCGAGUCGGACCUCGAGAAGCUCAAGCUGCGCGCCUGUGCCCAGAUUCGCGAAUGGCUGCUCGGGCGCAUCAACGACCUCAAGAAGCCCAAGACCAACGUGCAGAUCGUGCAGCAGACAACACUACUCAAGAUGAAGUACGCGGUCUCAUUUCUACACGACCAAGCGCCGUCGAUGGCGCUCGAAUUCCGCGAGACGUACGCCGAGACCAUGAGCCGCAUCCUCUUUGGCGUCUUCAAGGCCUACCACACGGGCCUUAUCAAGUUUCAUGACGAAGCCGCGUCACGCACCGACGUCAUUGCGGUCGAGGAGGCGUCGCUCAAGUCCAUGUUCUCAUCGCGCGUCACCGUCAACAAGCAAACGAACGCCUUCUCGCUCGGCGACCGCGACCAGAUUCUGGCGCAAGCGACCGCGCCGCCCAUUAUGAUCCACGUCGCGCAGGCUGAGAAUCUCAAGUGUCCGUACGAGACCAUCUUUCGGAGCCUCCAGCAGCACCUGAUGAACGCAGCGACGUCCGAGUACCUCUUCCUCCUCGACUUCUUCCAUGGCGCCGACGGCUUCAAGGUCCGCGAAUUCUUUCUGCGUAUUUUUGCGAAAACACUCUCGCUCUGCCUCGAGCAGCUGGAGAACUACCUCUGCACGUCGUUCGACAGCAUUGGCCUCCUCCUCAUGAUCCGCCUCACGACGGACCACAAGACCCUCAUGGCCAAGCGUCACGUGCCAGUCCUCGACUCGUUCUUGGACCGCGUCUUGUUGCUGCUCUGGCCGCGGUACCAUGCGGUCAUCGACCUCAACGUCCAGAGCGUGCUCCAGGCCAAGCCCAAGAAGCUCGGCAGCGUCGAGCUCCACCCGCACUACGUCACGCGGCGGUACGCGGAGCUUGUCGCGUCGAUUCUGACGCUGGCGCCCAUGGACGACGAAGCAAGCGGCGCGACCAUCUUGAACGGCCUCGCCGCGCUCCGUGACGGCCUCGUCAUGCUGUUGGAGAAGCUCUCGGAGGUACACAAGACCUCCAAGGACAAGUGUGUCUUCCUCAUCAACAACUACGACCUCGUGACGAGCGUCGUGACGGAGCGCAAGAUCACGUCCGAGGAGACCGCCAAGUUUGACGAGCUUUUGACGGGUCAGCGCGACAAGUUUGUGGAAGAAGAGCUCGUGUGCUGGUAUGGGCCGCUCAUUACGUUCGUGCAGCAAACCGAGGCCAAGGGAGGGGCGCCGGACGCCGGCAAAGUCGACCGGAUCACCAAGGACUUUAACGCCAACUGGAAGAGCGGCAUCGACAAGAUGAACGGGAAUGUGAUGAAGUUCUUCUCCAACUUCCGCAACGGCAUGGAGAUCCUCAAGCAAGUGCUCACGCAACUCCUCUUGUACUACACGCGCUUUCUCGAAAUCGGCAAAAAGACAGGCCGCCCCACGACCGAAAUUGUCACGACCCAAGAGAUUUUGUACGAAAUCAAAAAGUACUCGCGGUCGUUCUAAGUCGAAAAAUACGAUGCCGAUGCGCGACAUUUGUG